AGGUCGGCGGGGACGGCCGUGCCGAGCGCCUCGGGGUGGCGAGGGGCCGCCCCGGCGCCUGCGGCCGUGGCCUGGCCGGUUCAGCGCGAACCUCCCCUCCGGCGCCCGCACUUCGCCCCCCUCGGCCCCCUGCCCGUCCCCGCCGUGCCUGCGACGCCCCCUCACCUUCCCACGUGCCGGGCCGCCCCGGCCGCCCCUCGGUCUGAGGCCGGGUGUCCUUGGCCCCCUCGAUUCUUCCCUCUGCGAGCGCCCUGGUCUGGUCUUCCGACGCUUUCCCGUCGCCGACCGGGCUUCUCAAGCUGGUGCCUCUCCAGUAUCUUCCUUGGCUCCCUUGCCUUCUCGUUUUGGGGUUGAAGAUCGUCUGGAUUAUGUGUUUCAUUCUGGAAUCUCAAAGCAGUCUACAAACAGUAAAUUCUUCCUUACCUCGUCAGUUUUUACCAGAUUCGUGCAUCUAUGAAAAUUCCACCAAGAGUCCCCCACAGAGUAGAAGCUAGUUUGUUACAUGCAGCAGGUAUGACUUUAGCUUUUCCAGCUUCAGUUCAUGAUUCUCUGAUUUGCAGUAAAACAUUUCAAAUUCUAUAUAAAAAUGAAGAGGUUGUUUUAAAUGAUGUCAUGAUCUUCAAAGUUAAAAUGUUGCUGGAUGAGAAAAAGAUUGAAGAAGCCCUUGAGGAAAUGAAUUUUGUGUUAUCCUUGGAUCUACACUUCACAGAUGGAGAUUUUUCGACAGAUGAUCUGAACGCCUUGCAACUAAUAAGUAGCCGAACAUUGAAGCUGCACCUUAGCCUCCAUAGGGGCCUUCAUCAUCAUGUUAAUGUUAUGUUUGAUUAUUUCCACCUUUCUGUUGUAUCUGUCACAGUCCAUGCAUCAUUGGUUGCACUACAUCAGCCACUAAUAAGCUUUCCUCGCCCUGUGAAGACUACUUGGUUAAACAGAAAUGCACCAGCGCAAAACAAAGAUUCUUUGAUUCCUACUCUUGAAAGUGUGGUCUUCGGUGUUAACUACACAAAACAGUUAUCGCCUGAUGGUUGCAGCUUCAUCAUUGCAGACUCCUUCCUGCAUCAUGCCUACCAUUUUCAUUAUACACUUUGUGCCACUUUGCUGCUCGCCUUCAGGGGAUUGCACAGCUACUUCAUUACGGUAACAGAAGAGAUUCCCUCUUGUCAGAAACUAGAACUGGCCAAGGCCAACAUGCAGGCCCUUUCUGAGCGCCUUCUCAGAAGAAAGCAGCCGCGAACCCAGAGAGACACCUGCCUAGAGGAAAUGGAUAUAGAAGCUCGACUUGUUGAACUGUGUGAAGAAGUUAAGAAAGUAGAAAAUCCUGAUGAACUGGCUGAACUUAUAAAUAUGAAUCUUGCACAACUUUGUUCACUUCUAAUGGCUUUAUGGGGACAGUUUCUGGAGGUCAUAACACUACAUGAAGAACUAAGACUGUUAUUAGCACAAGAACACCAUGCUUUGAGGGUACGCAGAUUUUCCGAGGCAUUCUUUUGCUUUGAACAUCCAAGAGGAGCUGCCAUUGCAUACCAGGAACUUCAUGCUCAGAGUCAUCUACAGAUGUGCACCGCUAUCAAAAACACUUCCUUCUGCAGUUCUCUUCCGCCCCUACCUAUUGAAUGUAGUGAAUUAGAUGGAGAUCUCAAUUCAUUACCUAUAAUCUUUGAAGAUAGGUAUUUAGAUUCAGUUAUUGAAGACGUAGAUGCACCCUGGAUGGGCAUGCAGACUCUUCACAGAUCAGAGGCCAGUAGAAUGGAUAAAUAUGAGACUGAAGAAAGAUCUGUAGCUGGACUUUCUAGCCCAGAGUUGAAAGUCAGACCUGCUGGUGCCUCCAAUUUUUGGUAUACAGAAGGUGAAAAGCAGCUAACAAAAUCUCUAAAAGGAAAGAAUGAAGAAUCACAUAAAACCAAGGUUAAGGUUACUAAGCUCAUGAAAACAAUGAAACCUGAAAACACAAAAAAAUUAAUAAAACAGAACUCUAAGGAUUCUGUGGUGUUGGUAGGCUACAAAUGUUUGAAAAGUACAGCAUCAAAUGACCUCUUUAAAUGCUUUGAAGGCAACUCUUCCCAUAGUCAGAAGGAGGGUCUGGAUCCCACAAUAUGUGGAUAUAAUUUUGACCUAAAGACCUACAUCAGACAGACAAGUCAAAAAGAAGCUAGCUUUUUGCCAGCUAAUACAGAGAGAACUGAACUAAAGUCUCCAAAUAUUGAAAAUGUGCAGCCAGACCUGUUUGAUUCUUUGAACUCUGGCAGCCUAAAUCUUUGUGCAAAUUUGUCCAUUUCAGGUAAACUUGCUAUCUCCCAGGAUGGUAGUGACAUUACACAAGUGGAGCACAGUGUGGCAUGCAGAAGUUCAUCAGAUGGUUGCCAGGAUCAUCAAACAACCCCACCGUCAGGAAUUAGAACAAUUGAAGUAAAGCCCUGUAAUAAAGACCCUUUGAGUGGAGAGAAAAUAACUGUUAAAACAGGACCAUGGACAGAGCUUCGACCAGAUGAAUUAUUUGUGGAUAAUUUACAGCUACCCAGCUUUGAGUCCUUAGACUCUAAUGGUAAAUCUAAAUCCAUAGAAAUAACACUUGAAAAAGAAGCUUUGCAGGAAGCAAAGUGUCAUUCUGUUGGAGAAUCAUUAGCUAAGUUAAGAAGUAAUCAGCCUUCUACAAAAGAAUAUUAUGUUACAGUAAGUGGAGAUACAAUUAAGUUACCGGAUAUUAAUGCCACAUAUGCUUCAUCUAGAUUUUCAGAUUCAGGUGUUGAAAGUGAACCAAGUUCUUUUGCAACACAUACAAACCCUGAUGUAAUAUCUGAAACUGUGCAAGGGCAAGGUCUUUACAAUAAUGAAAGAUUGUUUCCUCAGCUUUUGAUGAAACCUGAUCAUAAUGUAAAAUUUUCCUUAGGAAGUCAUUGUACAGAGAGUACCAGUGCUUUCAGUGAAAUACAGUCAUCUUUGACAUCCAUAAACUCUCUGCCUUCUGAUGAUGAACUGUCACCUGAUGAAACUUCUAGGAAAUCUGUCCCUGAAUGCCACCUAAGCGAUAGCAAAACUAUAUUAAAUUUGGGAACCACCGAUUUGCCAAAAUGUGAUGAUAGUAAAAAGUCAAGUAUUAUUUUGCAACAGCAGAGUGUCAUAUUUUCAGGGCAUUUGGACAGUGAAACUAUAGCAAUACAUUCCUUAAAUUCAAGCCCUAAAGACCCUUUACAACUUGUUUUUUCAGAUGAAGAUACUUCCAGUGAUGUGAAAAGUAGUUGCAGCUCCAAACCUAACUUGGACACUGUGUGUAAAGAUUCCCAGAGUCCUGAUAAAUCUAGUUACUCUGCAGGGGCAGCAAGUAUGUUAAAUUCAAAACUAGUUUGUUUAGGUACCGCUUGUGUCAUUUCAGGUUCCAUUUCUACUAAUACAGAAGUUAGUGAAGAUAGGACUGUGAAAAGGAAGAAUAGUGAUGCAUUAAAUGUCAAACAAAUGAAUUCAGAAGCCCCUGCACUUAAAAAUGAAACUCAUCUGGGUACAAGUGACUCUUUUUCAGCUAGUCCUGAUAUGGUAAAACAAGGGCUUGUGGAAAAUUAUUUUGACUUUCAAAGCAGUGCAGAUGUUUCUCACACCUGUGCAGUUAGUUACAGCAAUGCAGUCAGUCCUCGGGAGAAAGCUGCUGACAGCGAAAUCGCUAAGCUCCAGCAGGAACAGGGAACAGAGAAUGAGGAGGGAGAGCAGGACCACCGAACGGUUCAGAAUGGGCACUAUGAGGGGCCAGAGGACUCCGCACUGGAAGAAGAGAAGCUCAUAAAAUCUGAAAAGAUUAACAGUGACUAUCUGAGGGAUGGUGUAAGUGUGCCUGCUGUCUGCACUUCCGCCUGUCUGUCCUUCCCGUCUGCACCACGCGAGUCUCCGUGUGAUGUUAAGUAUUCCGGAAGUAAAUGUGAUGCCAUCACAAAGCAGCCGAGCAGCACUUCUUACAGUUCUGCUUCAGCAGCCUCCUGGUAUGAGAAUUCACCGAAACCUCAGAUACAAGCCUUCCUUCAGGCAAGAGAAGAACUGAAGCAACUUAAACUCCCCGGGUUCAUGUACAGUGACGUUCCUCUGCUGGCCUCCUCAGCCCCGUAUUUCAGCGCAGAGGAAGAGGAUGGUGCCGAACACGGAGUGCACCUCAUUGUCUGUGUGCAUGGAUUAGAUGGUAACAGUGCAGAUCUCCGAUUAGUAAAAACUUACAUUGAACUGGGACUGCCAGGGGGAAGAAUUGAUUUUCUUAUGUCUGAGAGAAAUCAGAAUGAUACUUUUGCUGAUUUUGAUAGCAUGACUGAUCGCCUUCUGGAUGAGAUAAUCCAAUAUAUUCAGAUGUAUAGUCUAACAGUCUCAAAAAUAAGCUUUAUUGGACAUUCAUUGGGCAACUUAAUAAUCCGUUCAGUGCUCACGAGGCCAAGGUUUAGGUGUUACCUUCACAAACUGCACACCUUUCUCUCCCUCUCUGGACCCCACCUUGGUACAUUGUAUAACAGCAGCACUCUCGUUAAUACAGGACUAUGGUUUAUGCAGAAAUGGAAAAAAUCUGGUUCUCUUUUGCAAUUGACAUGUCGAGAUCAUUCAGACCCUCGCCAAACUUUUUUAUACAAGCUUAGUAAUAAAGCAGGGCUUCAUUAUUUCAAAAAUGUUGUGCUGGUGGGAUCCCUGCAGGAUCGCUAUGUUCCUUAUCACUCUGCCCGUGUUGAAAUGUGUAAGACAGCUUUGAAGGACAAACAGUCAGGACAGAUUUAUUCGGAAAUGAUCCACAACUUGCUUCGCCCGGUUCUGCAAAACAGGGACUGUAACUUGGUUCGAUACAAUGUCAUCAAUGCUUUGCCCAAUACAGCUGAUUCACUCAUUGGAAGAGCUGCACAUAUAGCUGUUCUUGAUUCGGAAAUAUUUUUAGAGAAAUUUUUUCUGGUGGCUGCCCUCAAAUAUUUCCAGUAGAAUAAAAGUACUGUUAGAGACUUGACAAUUACCUCAUUCAUCAAUGACUCAAAUAAUGUAUUAUAGUGAACUGUAGAUGCUAAUAAGUUCUAAGAAAUAUUUAUACCUUUUUAUAUGGAAGAUAAUUUAUAUCAUCCAUGUUUAGAGCUUUUUAAACGUCAACUUUCCUUUCUAAGUAAUGUGGCUGUGCAAUAUUUUUUUAAUUUUAUCUUUUUACUUUUCUAUUACUUUUUCAUAUAUUUUGCUACAUACGUAUUUCAGUGAAACUUUAAGCCCAUUUCUAUGUCUGAUUGUUUGUUAUUGGCUUUCAACAAUCUUUACAUCAGACACAUCAUUAGAGGCCAUUAUUGCUAGAAGAGCAUGGGAUUUUAAAUUUUCUAGUAUUGGGGUAUAUAGUUAAUUAUAAAUUUUACUUUUAACAUUUUACUAUAUUUUAACUGGAAAUAAAAUUAUGGCUGCUAAAAUAUAUUUUUUGAAACCAACUCUUAAGCCCUAUCAAAACCAGGAAGUUCAUAUAUGACAAUGUUAUAAAAGUUUUCUAUACAAAGUCAUUAUUACUGUUGCUAUGAAACAUAUAAGCAUGCCUAUUAAAAUAUAUUUUCUACUGGUGAUUUCAGCAUUAUUUCUCACAUUGACUUUUAUUACUGGAACUUUCCAUGUUCAUGUUGGCAACAUCUAGAUAUUUUUGAAUGUUUGAAUGACAUCUGCUUUGGUUGGAUUUUGCUAAAUUUGGUAAUGUUGCUUGAACUUUCUGACUAUAUUUCUUUAACUUUUUCAUGGACUUCCAUGUAUGUACAUAAUAAUUUAAGUGUUGAAAUUUAUGAAAUACUUUUAUGAAUUUAGAUAAUUUUUAAAUAUUGUUAAAAUUUAUUGAGCUAAAGAAUGUAAAUAAAAUAAUUCAUGUUAAAAAUGGAACAAAGUAAUUAACCUUACGUGUUUAGUAAUACAGAAGCAAAUGUUUUUGAUAUAUGGAGAUGUUAAGUCUUUCGACUUUACUAAAGGUGCUGAAUAGCAUUAAAUUCACUAUUUUCCUUUCCUGUUUUACUUGUGAAAAUAAUAAUGCACUAAGGGUGGAUAGCAGUUCUGUUUGCAUUCAUCAAUUGUGAUGGACAAAAGGUUUCUGUAAGUAUGUAUUGUAUAAUUGAUGCACGCGUAUUUUUAGUAUUGUGUUACUGCCUCUGGUGUUAAUAAAUGAACAAAUGUCUAUCGGGAGGUAGAGCUAAAACACUUAUUUUUAGAAUACUAAAGAUAUAUUUUUAUUUUAUAAUUGGAUAGACCAUAUUAAUUAACUCUAUAGAACAACAUGAUUAUAUAACUUA